CAGCAACAUUCAAUACUAACCGCGGUACUUCCACUUCUUCCGCUUGUACAAUCCUUCCCUUUGCAUGUGGAUCAGGUCAAAACUUCUAUAGCCGAUAAUGUCUUGUCCAGUAUCUCAAGUCUGAACCGCGACAUCGACAGCAUGAAGUCUACUUUAUCGAAUCUAUCCGCUCCUCCUAACAGCAUACGAAGUUUUCCAGAAUCAGUAGCAGUCUCGUCCUCUCUUGCUGAGAAUCGUCCCACUCGCAAGCGCACCAAUUCUUGUUUAAAUCAAGACGACGCACAUUCAGGGCGCUCACAAUCCGAUCGGCCCCACUCUGUCGCCCCGGCGACGGGUAGUCCUCGCAUAGAUCAUCAUAAGAAGCCGCGAUUGAAUAGCGUAUUACCCACUGCCUCAGCUCAGCUCAGACCUCGUACGGAGAAUUCUCCGGCAAAACACGCCCCGGAUUUGCGCGAAUCCCUAAUUGCCGACGGGUUGACUUCCCCCGCGCGUAGCUCUGUUACCAGCAAUGGCUACACUACAGCUCCAAGGCCUAAACACACCACAAGGACGCCUCUCGCUGACAUAUUGCCUCCUCUAGUCAACCACGCCACGACACGAUCUCGAAAGCCCGCUGCCGAGUCUUCUUCCGGUCCUGGAGCCAAUUUUCCAACGAACAUUCAAAGGAUGUAUGCUUCCUCUCAGUCGGGCGGAUAUCCACUUCCAUCAGCUCGAGCGCACGAAGCGAUUCCCCCAGCAUCAACCACUAUACCAAUCAGGUCGAAUGUCUCUACUACGGCUCCGCAGCCUGACAACCUUGUCCUGUUAACUGCCAACCAAAAUGCAAAGAAGACGCCGGAAUCAGCAGUUCCGCCCAUCCCUCCGCAACCGAUCUCGAAAGCUAUCAAGUUGGAAGAAGUUAUCCGCUCGCCCCUGAGAUGUUAUAUUUCCAUUCCGUCGUCACCGCUAUCGUCUUUGUCUCCGUCUCCGACCCCUGCCCCAGCCCAGUCCGUUUUGAAAACUCAGGUUCAGCAUGCUGCCGGUGGGAUGGCACGGCGUCAAGUCACAUUCGCUACGUCGAAUCAGGCAUUCACCACAUCCGCCAAUCCUGGCCCUUCAGUACCGUCGUUACCUACGCUUGAUUCCAUGUCCGCACCAAUGAGUUUGCGUGAUCGACGCGCGCAGAUGUCUAUGGUGAGUGCCAGUACAUGUUCACGGACGAUUGGUUCAACAUGUACUUCCUAGCUUGGACGUACUGCUUCCAGUGCAAAGCGCUUCAUCCCUCUAGGUUCCUCCUCCGAUGAAGAAGGUUGAAAAUCGCAUACAUCUGCACUUCCCUUGUUGCUCCUUGAUCCUCGUUUUCACCGGUUGCAGAUAAAGAGGCUCUACGAAAACCGGGAUGAUGUCCAUUGAUACUACAAAACUCACAAUUCAAAUAUGCCCAACAGGGCUCAUCUUCGA